AUGUGUUUUAAUAACAGGAAAUUGAUUAUGAUGUUUUUUUUCUCUUUUUUGGUGAACAAGGUUGGCGAACAAGAAGAGAAACUUGCUGAAGGGAUCAAACUUUAUGCUUUAUCAGCCACUGCCACUUCAAAACGGACAGUUCUGUCUGAUCUUAUAACUGUUUAUGCAAAGGGUGGAAAGACUAUUGUUUUUACGCAGACAAAAAAGGAUGCUGAUGAAGUAUCAUUGGCAUUAACGAGUAGUAUAGCCUCUGAAGCACUGCAUGGUGAUAUAUCUCAGCAUCAGAGAGAGAGAACAUUGAAUGGUUUUCGACAAGGGAAAUUCACAGUGCUUGUUGCCACUGAUGUUGCUGCUCGUGGACUUGAUAUUCCGAAUGUUGAUUUGGUUAUACAUUAUGAACUUCCCAAUGAUGCUGAGACUUUUGUACAUCGUUCUGGUCGCACUGGGCGGGCAGGAAAAGAGGGUACUGCCAUAUUGAUGUACACCAGUAGCCAGAAGAGAACAGUUAGAUCCCUUGAGCAUGAUGUUGGCUGCAAAUUUGAAUUCAUUAGUCCACCGGCUAUGGAAGAAAUUUUGGAGUCAUCUGCUGAACAAGUUGUUGCUACACUUAAUAGAGUUCAUCCAGAGUCUGUGAAGUUUUUCACUGCAACUGCGCAAAAACUGGUUGAAGAACAAGGAGCAAGUGCCCUUGCAGCUGCUCUAGCACAGAUGAGUGGAUUCUCUCAACCUCCAUCAUGUCGGUCUCUUAUCAAUCAUGAACAGGGAUGGAUUACACUACAACUUACACGAGAUUCAGACACUUCUGGAAGAUUUUUUUCUGCAAGAUCUGUCACUGGGUUUCUUUCUGAUGUUUAUUCUCCAGCUGCUGAUGAAGUUGGAAAAAUACAUUUAAUUGCAGAUGAGAGGAUUAAAGGAGCUGUCUUUGAUCUCCCGGAGGAAGUUGCUAGAGAGUUGCUCAAAAAGGAACUGCCUUCUGGAAACACUAUUUCCAAAAUCACCAAAUUACCUACUUUGCAAGACGAUGAACCUGCAAGUGAUUUCUAUGGGAAGUUUUCUGACAGAGACAGAAGUAACCGAAGGGGUUCUAAUUCUAGGGAUCAAAGAGGCUUUAGAAGUUCACGAGGAUGGGAAGGAGGCCAAGACUCUGAUGAUGAGUUCGGAAGAGGCAGUAGAAAUUUCAGAUCAGGCAACAAUAGGUCUCGAAUGGGAAAAAACAGCGGCGAUGACUGGCUAAUUGGAGGUGGACGAUCCAACAGAUUUUCAUCAUCCAACAGAAGCGGGCACGGAGGGGCCUGUUUCAAUUGUGGACAACCUGGCCAUCGAGCUGCAGAUUGUCGCAAAAAACGAGACUUUUUCUAGUUUGUACAUCUUUCGCUCUGGCACCACCCAAUCACAUAUCUAGGGAGCUGCACUAUUGAUGCCCUAACAUGGGGGGUUCAAGAAAUUGAAGAUGCUUUCCCACAGAAUCACAGAAUCGAUCUUACAUUUAAUAUCUAUUAUUUUUUUAGAAUUCUACGGAGAGGUCUCCACCUGUCCUGUCCAGAGAAUGAACAUUUUUGUCGUCACCCUUAUUGUAAUAUUUAUUUUUUUAUCAUUUCA